AUGUUAAAAAUAAAAUAUAUUAUUACAGAGGUAUAUCCUUUUAAUAAUUUUGAUGAAAUAGUAAAAGCCAUUAGCUUUGACUAAUUUGGUUCAGCAAAUAUAGAUUAACUUAAACAAUCAGUUAAGUACACAAUAAAUUCUGGAUAAUCUAUUAGAUUAAGAGAUUUGAUAUUUUGGAUUGUAAAUAUAAAUUGUAAUAUAUUUUAUUAGUAAUCCAACUUUAUUCGUAUUCAUUUAGGGUAAUUAUUGGUUUUAUUCCUAAAACUUUUGGAAAAAGUAUAAUUUUUAGAGGCAAAUGGAAUUAAACAUAAUUAUCUUGAUUUUAAUAGAAUUUGGCUCCAUCUAACUUAAAAGAGUCAAUAUCCAAGUCUAAUCUAUUAAUUUUUAGAUUAUUCAAUUCAUUUUACUGGAUAUGACUGUCCCUUUUAUGAAAAAACAAAUGAUUCAGGUAUCACAGAAGCAUCAUAGAAAAUUAAAGAAAUCAUAAAAUUUAUUAUCACCUUAUGUUUUGAUCAAAUUAUUUUUCUACGAACUAACAAGAAUACAAGAAAUUCCUAUUAUUAAGAGUUAUUGUAACCAAUAGUAAAUUUAUGUUAGCCAAAUUCAACUACUCAAUAAAUUAUAUAAAUUAUUCAAAAAAAUUUAUCUGCAUUUAAUUAUUAAGAAAAUCUUUAGAAUAAUUGCUUCUAAUGUUUAAAUAUAGAUGAUAAAAUAAAUGAUUAUAUUGAAUCUCCAAGAUAUGAAAUUAUUCCUAAAAUUAACAAAGAUUUAGAAUAAAUUAUUGAAUUUGGAAAUGCAUUUGGAUAAGUUGUAGUUGAAUCUAUAUUGUUAUAUUAUAUUCCAAUAUUCGGUAAAAAUUUAGUAUCUUAUUCAAUAACUGACUAUUUAGUUAAAGUUUAACAAUAAUACAAUAUUAUAUCAUAGAGAGAAAAAAAAAUAAGAGAUUCAAUCAAAGAAUAAGUUAUAAAGACCUUUGAGUAUUUUUUAUUAGAAAAAUAUGAAAAUAAAUAUAAAUUUUAAAUAACAAAAGAAGAAAAAGAUUCAAUUAAUAAAGAUAUUAUUGAUUCAAUCAUUGAAUCUGCAUAAUUUUAAUACUUUAAUAAUUCAUAUUGGUUACAUAUAAAUAAUGAAGAAAUUGAAAAUCUAAUAUUAGUAUCAAUUAGCGAAAUUUUAAUCUAAUAAGUGCAAGAUUAAAUUGAUCUAUUUCUUAUGUACAAAAUAUUGGUAUUGAUUGAUGAAUUAAUAUGA